AUGAACAGAGCUCCUGUCGACGAUGCAUUCUCAGAUACGGAAUCCGAAUCUGAUGUCGCGAGCCAACUAAGCGCACAGGCUGGUGUGAAGCGAUUAGAGGCAACCGCGGCUCUGUGGUCGAAGUGGUCUCUCAUAUUUGCAUAUGGCGGUCUGUAUAUGAUGGCAUAUGCAACUUCGUUGGAGGGACAAGUGACUACCAACUUGACCGUGUUCGCCACUAGUUCAUUCAAGGCACAUGCACUCAUCUCGACGGUCUCGGUAAUUCAAGGAGUCGUGCUAUCAAUUGUCAAACCGCCUAUGGCAAAAGUAGCAGAUGUCUGGGGACGUUUCGAGGCCUUCACCUUCAGCGUGUUCUUGUUUACCCUUGGAUAUAUCCAGCAAGCCGCGGCCAACAACGUCAAGACAUAUGCAGCAGCCCAAAUCUUCUACUCGGCAGGUGCCACUGGGCUACAGAUUCUGCAGCAAAUCUUUAUUGCAGACACGAGCGACCUUUUAAACAGAGCCAUCGUUUCGACGGUCCCGGAUAUUCCAUAUCUUUUGAAUGUCUGGAUCGGACCUCCAAUCGCCAACUCGAUACUCAAGAACCUGACUUGGAGAUGGGGAUACGGCAUUUGGGCUAUUGUUCUGCCUGUUGCCUACCUGCCGCUCGCACUUGCUCUGUCGCUAAAUCAAAGAAAGGCUUCGAAACUGGGAAUCUUACCACCGUCACCUUUCGUUGGCAAGGAUUGGUUGUAUACUCUCAAAAGUUUGUGGUUCGAGAUGGACAUCUUCGGACUUCUACUCCUUCUUGUUGGCGUCGCUCUACUGCUGAUUCCGCUUACACUGGGAGCCAGUGCGCCUGGAGAGUGGAGCAAUGGAAGCAUCAUUGCAAUGCUUGUCUGUGGUCUGGUCUGCCUCUGUCUCUUCCCUUUGUGGGAGCGCAGCCCCCGUCUAGCUCCGAGAGCAUUCUUUCCCCCUCAUCUUUUCCAAAGCACCACCGUCAUCGCGGGUGUGCUCAUUGCAUUCUUUUAUUUCAUGGUCUACUAUCUCUCCGUGCAGCCAUAUUUCUACUCUUAUCUGCUGGUCGUGCAGGGCAAGUCUGUCUCGGCUGCUGGCCACAUUACCCAAACAUUCACCUUUACAGCGACCGUCACCUCCAUUCUGACUUCCAUUGUCAUCAAAUAUACCAAGCACUACAAGUACUUUGUCACGGCAGGUGCUUGCAUAUAUCUCCUUGGCGUUGUUAUGAUGCUUCGCUACCGCACAGAGGGUGUAACAGAUGCUUUCCUCAUCGGUUGCCAGGUCUGUGUCGGCAUUGGCGGAGGUAUGCUGCAUGUACCCGCUCAGCUUGGUGUUCAAGCGUCUGUUGGACAUGGCGAAGUUGGUGCUGUGACAGCUGCUUUCCUCACCAUUCUUGAGAUUGGCGGUGCCGUCGGGUCCGCAAUCUCAGGCGCCAUUUGGUCUGCGAAUGUGCCUGUCAAGCUUGCCCAAUAUCUACCAGAAGAGACACGCGACCAGGCCAGGGAGAUCUUUGGCAGCGUGAAAGUUGCAUCUACAGAGUACGCGAUGGGUACACCAACACGAAUCGCCAUCAACCGCGCUUACCAAGAGACCAUGACCAAGAUCCUCACUGUCGCCGUGCUGGUCUGCAUUCCUCUGAUCCCGCUCUCGCUCAUGAUGAGGAACUACAAGCUGGAUGAGAUGAAUCAACAAGUGAAGGGUACUGUGAUCGGUAACACAAACGACCCCAGCAGUCCCUCAGAAAGGGAGCCUUUUGUUGCCUCGUCUUCUGGUCAUCGUCGUUAUGAUAGUGAAGACGACAUCGACUAUGAUUAUGACCGCACUGUCAGAAGUGUGGCCAGCAACAACGGUCUAAGGACAUGGAAAUCGAAUGCAAGCUUGCAUCUGAAUGAUGACUGA